CUCCCGUUGCUGUGCUCAGGUGACACCCGGUGAUGGCAGAGGAAGAGCCGGCGGUGCCCGGCCUCCUGCAAGCGCUGCAGGGGCUCCCGCUGAAAGGCUUCCAGGAGUUCAAGACGAAGCUGUCGGAGGUUCAGGUGGAAGGAGGCUGGAAAAUCCCCGAGGAUUCGCUGGCAAGAGCCUCCCACCCCUGGGCGCUGCUCCACUGCAUGGGCGAGAGCUACAGCGAGGACGUGGCGAUGGAGGUGGCCAUCGGGGUGCUCAGGGAGAUGAACCUGGGAGACCUCGCUGAGGAGCUGCUGGGGGAGGUGGUGAAAGAGCACAAGCAGAAGUACAAGGAGCACGUUGUCCAGGGGUUCCUCCGGUACAAAGAGGUGAACUCACGUCCUGGGGAGAGCCGGUCCGUCCGGAGCCACUUCACCCCCCUGGCCAUCACCAGGAAGCCUCGGAGCAAGCGUGAAGCCGCGGCCACGAGCCAUGGAUGCGCUGACACCAGCAGUGGGCCAGCCACCAUCUCCACGCUGUUUAACCCCGGUGCAGACGGGCAAAGCCCGCAGGUCGUGGUGCUGGUGGGAGCCCCAGGGAUGGGCAAGACGAUGGCAGUGAGGAAGGUGAUGGUGGAAUGGGGGGAAGGCAUCAUCUACACGCAGUUUGACUACGUCUUCUGCAUCGACUGCAAAGACACGGCCCUUCCCAAGGAGGCCAGCGUGGCGGAGCUGGUGUCCAAGUGCUGCCCUCACCGCAGGGUGCCGGUUGGGAAGAUCCUGGAGGACCACAAGAGGAUCCUGUUCAUUCUUGAUGGCUUCGAGGCCCUGGGAUUUGCCUUGGUUCAGCCUGAACUGGAGCUGAGCUCUGACCCCAGCGCAGUGAAGCCGCUGGAAGCCACCCUGAUGGGCUUGCUGAAGAAGACUCUUCUCCCCGAGUCCUCCUUGCUCAUCACCACGAGGCCGAUGGCUCUUCAGAGCCUGGGGCAGUGCCUGGAGGGGGAGGAUUACGUGGAAAUAGUGGGAUUUUCCGGAGCCGCAAGGGAGGAAUACUUCCACAGGUACUUUGGGAACGACCACGAAGCGGACAUGGCCUUUGGGUUUGCCAGGGCCAACGAGAUCCUUUACAGCUUGUGUAGCAUCCCCGUCAUGAGCUGGACCGUCUGCAGCAUCCUGCAGCAGGAGCUUCGCAAGGGGAAGGACCUCACGGAGUGCUCCAAAGCCACCGCGUGGAUGGGUGUGCUUUACCUCUCCUGGUUAGCGAAGCACAGAGGCAGGGGCAGCCCGCAGGACCUCCACCCCUUCCUCCUCCAGCUCUGCUCCUUGGCUGCUGAUGGCAUCUGGAAGCACAAAGUGCUCUUUGAGGAGAAGGCAAUCAAGGACCGAGGCUUGGACCAGCCAGACCUUCUCCCCCUCUUCCUCAAUGAGAAGAUCCCAGGGGAAGGAGUGGAGCAUGGCAACAGCUACGGCUUCACCCACCUGCACCUCCAGGAGUUCUUUGCAGCGAUGUUCUAUGUUCUGGAGGGCAACGUGGAGGUGCUUGGUGACUCGAGGGAUACCGCAGACAUCAAGGUGUUGCUAGAGAGCUACAGCGAGUCCAGGGAGGACCUGAACGUAACGGUGAGGUUCCUGUUUGGUUUGGCGAGCCGAGAAUGCAGAGAGCACAUGGACAACACCCUCGGGUGCAGAAGCUCACCGCGAGCCAAGGAGGAGCUGCUGAGCUGGCUGCAGGGGAGGCACAGGGGCACCUCCCAGCCUGGCCCCGGGAUGAAGCUGUCCCGGUUGGACACGUUCCACUUCUUGUUUGAGAUGAACGACGAGAGCGUCGCACGAAGGGCCUUGGGUGCCUUCAGUGCCAUGGAGCUGCAGGACACGAAGCUGACCCUGUACGACCAAAUGGCUCUUUCCUUCUGCAUCAGGCAGUGGCCUGGGCUGGGCUCUGUCACCCUCCGGGGAUGCUCCUUCCACCAACAGGACCCCAAGUCCGAGGCGGCAGCAUCGGUGCCCUGCAAUGGGCCCGCGGAUGCCGGAGCACAUCCCGGCCCCAUGGCUGAGCCGCAGCACCAGGAGCUGCGUUCCCCCAUGGAUGUGCUCUGCCGGGCGCUGCGGCACCCUGGUAGCGACCUGCGGGUGCUACGGCUGCAGUGGUGCCGGCUGCCCGAGAGCUGCUGCGCGGCGCUGGCGGCGCUGCUGGCCCAGCACCGCAGCCUGGAGCGCCUGGAGCUGGGGGACACCGCGCUGGGGGACCGCGGCGUGCGCCUGCUCUGCCAGGGGCUGCGGCAGCCCGGCUGCUGCCUGCGUGCACUGCGCCUGCGGUAUUCCCGCCUCACCAGCGCCUGCUGCAAGGACCUGGCGGCUGUGCUGAGCACCAGCCCCUGCCUGGAGGAGCUGGAUUUGUCCUUCAGCGAGGGGCUGCGGGACGCGGGCGCGGAGCUGCUGUGCGAGGGGCUGCGGCCCCGUUCCUGCCGCCUGCGGACGCUGCGGCUGGGGAGCUGCCGGCUGACGGGCGCCUGCUGCCGAGCGCUGGCUGCGGGGACGCCUCCCCUCACCUGCCUGGACCUGAGCGACAACGAGCUGGGGGCGGACGGGGUCCUGCAGCUCUGCCGCCAGCUCCGGAGCCCCUCCUGCCCGCUGCGGGCCCUGGGGCUGAGCACGGCCGAGCUGCCCCAGGACGCGCUGCAGGCCCUGGCUGCCCUGCAGGAGCUAAAGCCCAGCCUGAAGGUCGGGUACCUCCUGGAGCAGGAGGUGCCGCAGACGGGGGCCAUGGCCCGGCUCCCCUUCCACCGCGGGGCCCUGCCGGGCAGGAGGGUGCCCCCCUCGCUCCGCAGAGGAGCCCUCCUCUAGGAGAGCCCCUGGAGCAGCCCCAGCCGUUCCCAGCCCAGGCC